GAGCGCUUGAAGUAAACGAAUGUGUUUUCGCGUGCGGUUGAGCGCGAAUUUCCGAAACAUAAACGGUGUGCGUGAGCGUGUGUGUGUAUAUAUGUUGUGUAGGCCAGCUAGCAAACGGCCACCAAUGCAGAAACAGAAUACAAGUGUGCAAAUGCAUAGCCAGUUAACGCAAAGAUUUUAAAUAGUUAAAUAAGCGUAAGGUGCAGCAAAAAUUUGGAAAUAUAAUGAAGGCAAUUUUGAAGUUGAAGUGCUGAUUGGAAUUAUUUACUAAAAUUUGUGGAAAACUGUGUGAAAAGUGCUCGUGCGCAGGCAAAACACACGUAAAUUGUACGAAAGCAGUUAACAGUAGAAGCGUGGUGUACGAAGAAGCUGUAAAGAAAUAGUGGAAAAGCAAUGAAGAUGAAUUGAUCAGCAACAUUAUUAUUUUUCAUUUUGUGCUUUAAAAACCGUUAAUUUCAAUAAAAUAAAUCACAUUCUUUCAAUUUCAAUCCCUGCUUGAAAUUAUGAAGAAUAAUCAAACAAAAAACGCCAACAACAAUAACACCAUUAAUAAUAACAAUAACAACAACAAUAAGAAUCUAAAUUACCUAAAUAAUAUCAAUAAGAAAUUCAACAACAAUAACAACAAAACAACAACAACGACAACAAUCACUAAUAGCAACAACGCAAAACUGCACAAUAAUAACAACAAUAAUAAAAAUAAUCAAAAUAAUAAGAAGAAGAAUAGCAAUAAGCGUACUCUACGAUUGGGUCGUAAUAAAAUGGGCGGCCGCAAGGAUGUGCGUCGCGGCCUCGAGCCACUCGAAUUCGAGGAAUGCAUUGUGGAUAGUCCAGAGUUUCGUGAUAAUUUGAAUCGCCACGAAAAGGAACUGGAUCACACUAGUCAUCAAAUCAAGCGUAUCAUUAAGGAGGUGAAAGAUUUGAUGAGUGCCGCUAAAGUACUUUCCACCCGCAUGAAACAAUUGGCCAACUUAAUGGACGAUUUCAAUUUCGAAUGCAUCGGCACAGCGCAAACAGAUGACGAGAAUGUCAUUUGCGAAAGUCUGAAACAUUUCGCCGCCAUAAUUGGAACCAUCGAAGAUGAGCGAGAAAAAAUGCUGACGCUGGCGGAUCAACACAUCAUUAUGCCGCUGGAGGAGUUUCGGAAGAAACAUAUUGGCGGCGUGAAGGAGAACAAGAAAAAGUUCGACAAGAAGACGGAGAAAUUUUGCCAGACACAAGAGCGUUUCCUGAAUAUGUCAACAAAAAAGCCCGAGAACACGAUACAAGAGGCGGAUGCCAGUCUGGGUAUGCACGAACGUGAAUAUGUACAGGAGUCCUUGAGUUACGUGCUACGUAUACAGGAAGUGCAGGAGCGCAUCAAAUUUGAGUUCGUUGAAAUUCUGCUUGGCUUCAUCUCCGGCUGGUUGGUAUUCUAUCACACGGCGCACGAGCAGGCGGAGGACAAUCGGGAUUACCUGCAAGAUUUACGGCAUAAAGUGCAAAAGACACGCGAGAACUUCGAAGGCACUCGAGAGAAAGUCACUGAACUGAAGACAAAAUAUAUGGAAAAGAGAACGAAACCAGAGGAGAAAUUCACAAAACGUGGCUAUUUAUUUUUGAUGGAAAAAAGCUCGAUUUUGAAAAUCUCUCUUCUAGAACCCUUCAAAGCAACAUGGACGAAAUACUAUUGUACAUACAAGAAACAAAAGAAGGAAUUCACAAUGCUGCAAUUCAAUCAGAUGAAUCACAGUUCCACACGGCCUGAGGGACGUGAAGAGGAGAAACUAACAUUAUACUCGUGUCAUCCGCGCAAUUCGGAAUUUGAGAAACGUUUCUGCUUCGAUUUGACAUUCAAAGAGAAACCGGGUAUUGUUUACACAUUUCAAGCGCUCAGCGAGGACGAUCGGCAGGCGUGGGUGAAAGCAAUGGACGGCACCGAAUCGACCUACUUUGCUCCAGGCAAAGUGAAGGCUGGCGAGGAAUAUCAGUUGGAUGACAUGGGCUUCGCUUUUGUGCGCCGUUGCAUCGAUGUGCUGGAGAAGCGUGGCCUCGAGGAUGAGGGUAUUUACCGCAAGAGCGGUGUCGGUACGAAGAUUUCCAAACUCCUAUCAAUGGGUAUGGAUCACAAGAAGGCGGAUAGCGUUUUUAACGAUGAACAGUAUCGUGAUCUCAUGGAGAGCAACACCAUAGCGAGUGCGUUGAAGACGUAUCUGCGCAAUUUAAAUGAGCCGCUGAUGACCUAUCGCUAUCACAGCGGCUUCAUCGAGGCGGCAAAACAAGAGAGCUUGAAUCAGCGCGUGCACGAGGUGCAUAAAUUAGUACACAAGCUGCCACCGGUCAACUUCGAAAUGCUGGAUCUGGUUAUUAGACAUUUAACAGAAGUGUCACGCAAAUUUGAAAAGAAUAAAAUGUCGGUCUUCAAUCUGGGCGUUGUAUUCGGUCCGACACUGUUGCGGCCCCAGGAGGAGACCGUCGCUGCCAUAUUGGACAUCAAGUUCAACAACAUUGUUAUAAAUAUUUUAAUUGAGAAUUAUGAUCGUAUUUUUAAGAGUGACCCUAGCGCGCCACUGCUAAGCGCACCCAAUCCCACUAGUCCGCCGACGCGUGUACCACGCGCCAGUCAAGCCGGCAAGUCGCCAUCAGCGGGUGGCGGUGGCAGUGUGGGCAACGGCGCACGCACAUCCAUGUAUUCGCCGCAACAACAAGUAUACCGGCUGGUGACCAAGUCCAACUUUACGGAUCCACCGAUGUCAUCGAGUUUACAAAACAUUCCAAACGGCCUAAUCUACUCGCAUGGUAGUGGCGGCGGUGGCGGCGGAGGAGGUGGUGGCAAUGGUGGCGGCAUUAACCCGACGAAUCGCACAAACGGCGGCGUUGUAAGUGGACAUACCACCAACGGCAGCGGCCCGAAGAGCCUUGGCAUGAGCGUCAAUAUGGGUAGCGUGAAGAAUAUACAUUCCAUGUCGCAGAGUGACAUCAGCGUGCGCAGUUUGCGUGGCGGUGGCGGUGGUAGCGCUGUGAAUAGCAGCGCCGCCGAUGCCGUCUACGGCAUACUGGGUGGCGGUACAAAUGGUUCCGGCUUAACGGCACACCAUGCCACGCCCGCGAAUGCCACACAACUGCGUCAAGAUUAUCUAAUGGCCACCGCUACGCCGGCGUCUACCGGUGUGAUUAGUGGCGGGGGCGGUAUUUAUUCCACGGCCUCGGCGGGCAGCACAACACGUUUGAAUAUGAACAACGUUUCCCCACCGACGAUAUCAAUGCGCACCGAGGCGUUAUACGGCUCGACGGCGCUGACGGGAGGCGGCGGCGGUGGUGGAGGUGGUGGUGGUGUUGGACAGUCGCAACACUCCCGCAUGUCGUACGCGCAGGCAAAGCACUACUCGCCGGUGGCAGCGGCCGCCUCCACAUCUAGUUCCAAUGAGAGUGUCUGUGAUUCUUUAUCGUCGGCCAAUGGCAUCGGCGGUGGUAGCAAUAAUGGCAGCCGCUUGUUGGGCGGUUCACUGGACUACGCGCCACAUGCUUCGCAAGCGUCCUCGCUGUCGACGCUAUUGGGCUCCACCUGCGACGAUGUGGUAACGGCAACGGCGGCACCAUCUAUCAUUGGCGGCGGCGGCAGUUCGCCGAAAGAUGUCGAGUAUGUGCCGGUCAAGGCGCACCGCAACAAGGAAAUACAUCGAGAGUUGAAUAUGGGCACAGCGCGCGUGCGCACAUUGUACGCGUGUAUGGGCGAAAGCGAGGGUGAACUGUCCUUCGAACCAAAUCAGAUCAUCACUAACGUACGUUACUCACAUGAACCGGGUUGGCUGCAGGGCACGCUCAACGGUAAAACGGGACUUAUACCACAGAACUACGUCGAACACUUGAAACCAUACCACUAGAACUAGUUAUGAUCACCGUUAGAUAUAUGUAUAUUUGAUAACUAUUGCAGAUAUAUAGUAACCUAUAUAUUUAUCUAUAUAUGGGUGUGUAAGCCGUUUUGUAUGUGUAUGUAAACUAAUGAAGAAUGCCGUUAGUUUAAGUGACGGCAAGCAUUUGAAAAUUGGUGUGAUGUAACAGUAAAAGUACGUAAAGUGCUUGUAGUUAAUUAGUUGCGUAAGUAGCAUUAAAAAAAAAAAGAAAGCGAAGAAUCGGCGAAAAUAAAAUUGAAAGAAAAUAGAAAAUAAAAGCAAAUAGUAGUGAACCGCUAUGUCAGCAAGCAAAAACGUAGAUUAGCUUAGUGUAAAGCCACGAAUUCCCGUAAAACUAUUGCAAAGCAAUAAAAUUUAUAAAACUAUUACAACAACAACACAAGCAAAAGUCCAUAACGCACGAAAUUUCAGGAGCGUGUCACCACCAAGCAAACGCACAGUACCCAACAAAACCCCAAAAGAAAUGCAACAACAACAAAUUUACAAUCGCAUACACACAUACACUUAUGGAGCAACCGACAGACAGACACAUGCCAACACACACAUGCACAGUUUUACACAUAUAAAUAUAUACAUACACAUUUAGCCACAGCUUACAACAAAAAUAAAUAAAUAAAAGUAAUUACAUACAUAUAUACAAAUAUACAUACAUACAUGCAUAUAUAAAUAUUUUCUCUACUUUUACAACAAUACAAAACCACAAAAACCUAAUUUUGUAUGCAAAUAUGUAAUUAUUAAAAUGAAAUUGAAAAACAAACUAAAA